AUGAAGAUCCUGGUUUACAUUUGGGCAACAGCGGUGACUGUGUCAGCACGACCACAGGGAUACAGCCUACCAACGCCCUCUGGAUCGUCCUUUGGCCCGUCCAUUGGGCCUCCGUUGGCCCGUCCUCAGGUGGAUGUAGUCACGGGCAACGCUCCAGUCAACGUCCCCGAGCCAACAGUGGAGACCAACAUCGUGCUCAUCCGAACGCCCGAAGGAUUGCAGGGACCUGAUCCCGUGGUCGUGCCUCCUCCGAGGCAGCGGCACGUGGUGUACGUGCUCAACAAGCAGUCUGAACACGACCAGAGGGUGAUCGAGGUGACAGCUCCACCGCCAUCCGAUCCUGAAGUUUACUUUGUGAACUACGCUGAAGGCGAGAACCCAACUCUUCCUAGCGGAGUGGAUCUACAGAGUGCUCUGGGCGCUGCUACUCAAGGCGGCGGUCAGGUGAUCGGAGACAGCGGAUCUGGUGUGGGGAAAGUCGUAGGCGAUGGUAUUAGUGGCGGUAUCGGAGGUGGCAGCGGUGGAAGGAUCAGUCUGGGAGACGGAGGAUUCGGAGGCAGCAGUGGAUUUGGAGGGAGUGGCAGUUUUGGAUCCGGAAGUAAAUUCGAUGGAUUUGGAGGUGGUUCGGGAGGUGGCAGCAUCAGUGGAAGCUACACUCCACCAACCCACCCCUCAAACCUGUACAUUUCACCAUGA